AUGAUGACUCAACUGAAGGUUCCGCUUUUGCUCGGCUUCCUCUGCCACAUAGCCUGUUUCCCCGUGUAUGGCUUUCCUGCUGAGUCUGGAACGGAGUUCAGGUCGGCUUUCUCGGUUGCUAGAACCAGCAGCAUGGAAGGAAGCACUGAAAUGGUGAUCACAUUUGACAAAGUCUACGUGAACAUUGGGGGUGACUUUGACCCCAAAGCUGGGUUGUUUCGAUGUCGUAUCCCCGGAGCCUAUUACUUCUCCUUCACAGUUGGAAAAUACCCCAAGAAAAACUUAUCAGUCAUGCUGAUGAGAAACAAGAAUGAGGUUCAAGCAAUUGUAUAUGAUGAACACCACCGUAAAGAGCGGAAGGUAGCCAGCCAGAGUGCCAUGUUACAGUUGGACUAUGGAGACACGGUCUGGCUACGCUUACAUGGGGAUCCCAAGUAUGCGCUCUACAGCAAUGUGGGUCCCUAUACAACUUUCAAUGGAUACCUCAUCUAUCCAGACACAUCCAGCUAUUUUCAAAAUACCGUUGGCUCCCAGGAUCUAGGAGAACCUUCAGGGCCUCCUCCUCCUCGUGUGAUUCAGCAACUUUCCAUCAACCAGAACGAAGUCUCUGAGAGACACCUGCUUUCUGACCAACCAAGCAGAUCACAGGAUCCUCGCUCAGCAUUUUCUGCUGCCCGUUCUGAAAGCCUCCUGGGGACAGAUGAGAAGCAAACCCAGCACGAACCAAUCACAUUUGACACAGAGUUUGUAAACAUUGGAAAAGAUUUCAAUGUCUCAAGUGGCAUCUUCACAUGUCGUGUCCCAGGUGCCUACUAUUUUUCUUUCACCAUUGGCAAGAUGCCUUUCAAGACCAUGUCUGUGAAACUGAUGAAGAACCACAAUGAAGUCCAAGCGAUGAUCUAUGAUGACAACCAUUCCAAGAGGCGUGAGAUGCAAAGCCAGAGCAUUAUGCUGCCUCUGCAGUCUGGCGAUACCGUCUGGCUGUACAGCCACCAGCAUGAUGGCUAUGGUGCCUAUAGCAACCAUGGCAAGUACAUCACCUUCACUGGGUUCCUUGUCUAUCCUGAGGCUAAGCCCAAACCACCCUCAGAUGCCAACAAGUCUCCAGGGUCAAGGCUCUAAGCACAAAUACAGAAAGAGCCUUAGAGGAGUCGAGAUGCAGCAGACUCUGGUGCAAGUCCUGGACAGAGGUCAUCCUUUACAUGACAGUGUUAA